CAACGCUUCGACAGCAGGUUGAAAAAAUGUCGACACGGAAAAAGAUGGGGAGCUGCUCCAAUGCCAUCGAGAAGGGAAAUUCCCCGAUAGGUAAUUGCUGGCCGACCAUCCUGACGCUUCUCAUCGUGGCCAACUUGGUCGACGCACUGAAGACCGGGGAAUCCAUCCAGUUGGCAACCGGGAGCCAGCCAUCACUGAGCAUAAACAAUGCGGACGACAGCAGCCUGGAGCAGCUCAUCGAGAUGAGGCUGAAUGAGUCUGCGUCCGCAUCCUACCAGAACAACCAGUCAGCCAGCCAGGAGCUGUUGUCCCGGAAACGACGUUAUUUGGUAUUUCCGGAAGGCAGCUCCUUUCAGAUGGUGUACGAUGAGAUUGUGGGAGUGGUGGACCACACGAACUACUUGAUUCUGGGCAUUACGGUGGCCCUGGCCUGGGAGCUGCCCAGCAAGCCGCCCAGCGAGGAGCUGGACGAUCUGCUGACCAAGUUGGAGGACGGCACAAUAGACAUCAGUCGCAACGACACAGUGUCGAACAUAACCUAUGUGGAUGUGGAUGCAGAUGCCACGACGACCACGACGAGCAGGCCGGCGGACUACAAGCCCAACUACAUCAAUUUGUCGAGUUACGGCUCCUCCUCCUCCUCCUCCUCCUCGAGUGGCAGCAACUCCUACUACAGCCUUUCGCCCGUUUUCCGCCCUCCGAUGCAUCCGUCGCAUCGAUAUGCGGAUAGUUAUUACUCCUCACGUCCAAAGGGGGGCAGGCGGAAGGACAAUCACUAUUACUACAGUCGGCCCGGGGUCAGCUCCAGCUCCAGCAAUCCAUUCGCCAAGUGGACGAGACCCUACUCUCACGCCCAGAACUCACGCUAUCCCUACUGGGCUUUAAACUCAAGACUCAAAGAUAGAUACUACGGCUACAAAAGUCAACAGGCAGCACCGCCAGCGGCGCAGCGACGACAGGACAGUACCACCACCACCAGCGCACCCACCACCAGUCGACCCACUCGAAGGCCAGCUCCUCGACAUCAUCGCAUAUAUCCGGUGUUUGGCAAGCGCAGCAUUCCGGAUGCAGCCAAUCCACAUAAACGCCAGCGACGCAGUGGAGUGGCCACUGAGCAUGAGGACAAGAUGAGCCGCCUGGAGCAACUCCAGAUCAAGCACCAUCGCAGAAGCAGACAGUCCUUGUACGAGCGAAUCGAGAAGUAUCUGGACAAACGAGGUCACCAUGGCCACCACUGCGUAUUGCGAACCCUCUGCGAAACGGGCCAGAAAUCGACGGAGCAUGAGCCCGGCACCUUCGUGGGCGAACUAAUGCGUGCAGUGUUCACCCUUCCGGAAGCCAUGGACAACGAACCGGUUGCCUAUCGCGACUCCCACUACGACAAGGCCCACGCAUCCAAGGCGGACUGUGCCGUCCUCUAUCCGGAGUGCAAGCAGUCCAUGUGGCAGGCCCAGUUCAUACAAUAAACACCCAAUCCCCAAGCC